UCGGCUUGAAUAGAUCAACGGGAAUCUAAAUUAAAGCAAGCAAUAUGGGAACUGGUGGAUCUUUCAUGCGUUCCCAUGAUGAUGAAGAUAUUUUGGGAUCAGAUUUGGAAGGAACCAAUGGUGUUUUAAAACGUAUACCCAUUGAAAUCAAACCAAGAGGGAAACUAGGCCUUCGCAGUGUUGGGUCACUUGGGAGAAGUAAACCAAAAGGUGGAAGUUUAAGAUCAGCUCUUUCAAUGGAUUUAGAAAAUCCAGAAGUAGAGCGAAUCCGGAAAGAUUUUGAAAUGUACCGGCUGAACAAAGACAAUGAAAUAGCUAACAUGCAAAAGAAGGAACAAAAGCUUGAAACAGAAAAUAAAAGAUUACGAGCUGAACUGCUAGCACUGCAGAAAACAUGCACUCGAAUGCGAGCAGAAAGAGAUGCUGCUCUGGAAGCAGAACAGGAAGCCCUAGCUCGAGCUUCUGUUUUUGAGUGUGACAGAGAUAAAGUGCAAAGACAGUUUAAGCUUUUCAGAGAAACAAAAGAAAGUGAGAUCCAAAAUUUAUUGCGAGCCAAACAAGAACUGGAGAAUCGUUUAUCCAAACUGGCAUAUGGAGGAAUUACUCAGGACGAUAGUGAUUCACAGUCUAGACCUGGCAUUGUUGAUCUUGGCAAUUCCCAUCCUGGUGACUGGUGGACUGCGCUAGAGAGUGAACCAUCUCUUGGAUCAACUGUCCAGUUGCACCAGGCAGCUUAUCUCAGAGGUCCUGAGUUUGCAUCCACAACUUUAGAGAUGGAUGGGCCAUUUAUGAAUGUCAAUAAAGAGGAUUGGAACCUGACUGUCAUGAAUGGCAACAGAGUGUUCCCAGCCAUUCCUCCACAUCUUGUUAGUCAAACAGUGCGAGUGUACGCAUCAGUCUCCCCUGACAUGGUGAUAGAGUACCAGAAAUUCACUGAGGAUUAUCUUCCCAAAUUAUGUGAAUUGUGUGAGAGAGAAGGAAAGACUUUAGCCUUUGUUUAUUUACACUGUGAUUUGCACAAAAAUGAAACACUUACUACAGAACUAGAGAUCAACAUAAGAAAACAACAAAUUCAUUUAGCUGUGAUAUUCAUUGCAUUUUUGGGAAGUUCCUUAAAUAGGUAUACACACCUGGAUAUUAAACAUGCUCACCUGGAUAAUCCUGGAUCAAAAACAUCCAUCUUUCUUAUGUCAGAAACUACAGACAAUAAAAGCUCCAAAUCCAGCCAGGAGAUGAGAGAGUUGAAAAGAAAAAUCAGAGAAUCUGUAGCACCAAGAGUCCACAUUGUCCACACCUCCCCCUCACCUGGAAACACAGCGCAGGCAGCCUACAGAGACCUGGAGCGGGUUAUCAAAGCAGAUUUGGGCACAGAUAAAGAGAAUUCUGAUAAUGUCAUGGCUGAUUGCCUAGGGGGCUCCACUAUUGACCUACAAUGUGAUUCUGAACAAACAGAUUCUCUUAACAUGGCAGUUGUCUCCACAUGUGAAAUAGGUUUUGAGAAGUAUUACGAGCAUCUUAACACUCAGGUGUCUGCUGCUGGUCCACUUCCUCCUUUACUGGUUGUUGGUAGUCCUGGCUCAGGGAAAUCCUUGCUCAUGGCCAGAUGGCUUCAACUUCAGGAAGAAAAAAACCUGUCCAGUUUAUUGUUGUACCAUUUUGUUGGUACUCCCUCAUCUGUUAGUGCUGACCCUAUAGUGAUGAUACGCAGGCUCACUGCCCAGCUUAUGCAGCAAGUCUCCACACCACCUGCCUUAACAUGUGACCCAGUGAGAUUGGUUGAAGAGUUCCCAAGAUGGCUGGAAAAAGUGUCUGCUAAAAGUUUAGGUGGAGUUAUCCUUGUCUUAGACUCUGUAGACAGGUUUCAACUUGCAGAUGUUCAUUUGAAGUGGCUUCUGGAUCCCCUGCCAGUGGAUGCUAGAGUGAUUGUGUCUGUAGAUGAGGAAACAUGUCCGCAAGCCUGGAGAUCAUGGCCAACAUUGCACAUGGAGACUAACUCAAGCAAGCUGGUCAAGGAAUUAUUACUGGCAGAGUUGUCCUCCCUGAAUGCUAGUGUAGACCCUGAGAUUGAAAGAAAAAUCAUUGGUCAGUGCCGGACUCAAUCUAUGUGCUGUCCACUUUAUGUGUCCUUGUUAGCAAGACAUAUUGCCAGCCUUGGUAAAGCCAGCACAGCAGAGGUGGACCAUCAUGUGACGACACUAUUGAACUGCGCUGACAGCUUUGAGCUCUACUGCUGCUUGCUGGACCUGGCAAUGGACAACAUGACCAGUGAUAUGAAAGUAUUUCUACGACAGGUGUUACAAUUCAUCUAUGCUAGCAGAUGUGGGAUGUUGGAAACAGAAUUACUUGCCCUUGUCGCAGAUUUAAAAUGGCUAGAUUUAGCCUAUUUAUUUGAGUAUCUUUCAUCUCACUUGUUCAUCAAAUACCAACUGGGAAUCCUCACUUUUGUUCAUGCACAGGCUCAACAGGCUGUUUUUGAAUAUUUUUUCAAAAACAACAUUGAGGGUUUAAAUGAUGCCAGGAAUGUACUUAUUCAGUAUUUCCAAAAAUUGAUUGGACCAGGUAAAGCUCACAGUAGAGCUGUGGAUGAGCUCCCUUGGCUUAUAAGCCAAACAGGCAAUAAAGAACAGCUAGAAAAAUGUAUACUUGAUCUUGGAGUCUUUCAACAAUUAUGUGCCAAAGGUCGAAGUUCAGAGCUGCUGAGUUAUUGGCAAACAGUGGAAUGGGAAAAGGAAAAAAUGGCAGAGGCUUAUUUCACAGCUACUAAAGCUUUUGAAAAUGAAACAGUUCAUAAAAAUGGCAGCCUUCUCAAAGUUGCUGAAACUUAUGAAACUCUUGGGCGAUUCCUCCGAGAUUUUGGCCAUUUACCACAGGCAUUACCUGCCCUGCAGAGAGCCCUAGAAAUAAGAGAGACUGACCUUGACCCUGACGACCCCCUAGUGGCCAGAUCCCUUCACCAGCUGGCUGGGCUGCAUGCCCAAUGGGGCAAGUACAACACAGCUGAGACCCUGUACAGACACGCCCUAGAGAUCUGCCAGAACACGCUGGGAACAGAGCACCCCAUGGUGGCCAAAACACUGGACGCGUUGGCCAUUUUGUACCAGAAGCAGGACAAGCAUGACUUGGCUCACCCAUUAAAAAAAAGAGCGUUUGCCAUCAAGAAGAAAAUUAAAAUGCCAAGAGGACAAAUGGGUGACACUGGAAUUGAUCCACUUCAAAGAAGAGCUCUUCAGCUGGAAGAACUAGUUAUGGGCCCUGACUCAACUGAUUUGGCCAGAUCAUUAAAUGAAUUGGGAGUUUUAUAUUAUUUACAAAACAACACUGAUGCCGCUGAGUCUUUCUUCAAACGUUCUCUGGAAAUGCGUGAGUCCCUGCUAGGGGCAGAUCACCCAGAUGUGGCCUGCUCACUCAACAAUCUGGCAGCCUUGUAUAAUGACAACAAGAUGUACGACAAAGCUGAGCCCCUCUACGACAGGGCGCUGAAGAUUAGAAUGAAGUGCCAGAACCCUGACAGUCCAGGUGUGGCCAGCAUCAUUAACCAUUUAGCCAGGCUAUACAAGCACCAGGGUAAAUAUGACAAAGCUGAGCCACUUUAUAAGCAAGCAAUGGACAUAAGAGAAAAAGCCUUUGGGGCUAACCAUCCAUCUGUGGCUACAGCACAAGUUAACUUAGCUGUUCUUCUCUCACAACAGAAUCGCUACACAGAAGCUGGGCCAUUGUUUGAGCAAGCUUUAAAAAUCUACGAGGAAACAUUAGGGCCAUCACAUCCAAGGGUGGCUGAAACACUCAGGAACCUGGCAGUCAUGAAAUACGAAGAGGAGGAUUUCCAAACAGCAGCACAUUACUACAAGCGAGCUACGGAGAUCAGAGAUCAAGUUACAGCGUACAGCGACAAAGUCAUGUCGAGGCCUGGUUCUAGUAUCGAUACUAAUUCUACUGUCAAGAAUUUAUGACAUUUAUAAAAUAAAAAUUAUUUUAUAUAUCUCUAUUGUAUACACAGUACUUACAGUCUUUGUACAAUAAAUUUAAAGUUUACAUUUAAUGUCAUCAAGUACUAGACCUAAUUGUUAAUAGCUUAAAGUUACAACAGAUUGAAUCAAUGUUAUUUUUAAAAACAAUUGUGGUUCUUGGUCCACAAUACUAAAUGAUAGAAACAUAUUUUCUGGCCGUAGCCUUAUUUUUGAAGCAUUGUUUGUAAGUAUUUUUUACAUUUUAAAUUAGUGUGGUAACCAAUAUUUUAUUCUACAUUUUAAAACAUGAGGUAUUUUUUUACAUUAUGUUGUGUUGUUUUGUCAUGCAAUUCUCAGGGAUCUCUCUAUCUAGAUCUGUCUCAGUCCAGUUUUACAAGAAUUGAAAUAUGUAUCUUUGUAUAUGCAGAAUUUUUGUAUAUUAGUUGAUUGCUGAUGAUGUACAUUUCACUAUGUAGAACUUACAUUUUUUUACUGCCAUAACUGACUUGUUAGUAAAUAAUUCAUUAUUUAGUGUUUGUUUUUUUAUUUGACCUCAUCUGCCUAAUUGAAUAUUUA